CUAUCCACGGGGAGCUUCACGGCCAAAGUCACAAUGCCGACUGAACCCCUUCGGCUUUACCAUACCCAUGGUUCCUCUUCUUCCUCGAGCCGGCUCAAGAUGGCUGUGCUUGUUCCUUCUCUUCCCAGCUUCAAUUGCCUGCCAUCAUGUUUCUCCAGCGUGGAUCUCGAGUGCUUCGAAAACAAUGGCAAACUGCCAAGGGCAUGAGCCAGACGGCCAUGACAUCACGGCCCGCCGUCGUCUCUCCCAGAUGGUUCAGCGAGUCGAGAAGAUUAAUGGUGAUUAAGCCGGUAUUGCUAGCCGACAUUGGCGAGGGCAUUGUCGAGUGCGAGGUCAUCCAAUGGUUCGUGGAACCCGGCGCCCGCGUCGAGGAGUUCUCCCCACUGUGCGAAGUCCAGAGCGACAAAGCUUCCGUGGAGAUCACCAGUCGCUUCUCGGGUGUGGUCAAGAAGCUCUACUACGAGGCCGGCGAAAUGGCCAAGGUGGGGAAGGCAUUUGUGGACAUUGACAUCGAAGGCGAUGCCAAAGUCGAGAACAUCGAACCUUCGCCCCCCAAGCAACCUGAGAAGGUAGCUAUCUCUCCGGCGCCUGUUGUUGCGUCGGAGUCAAUCACGGAAAAAGAGGCCGAUGCGAUUUCUGGGGAGGUGGCGCCUACGACUCCGCGCAAGGAAAAGGGCAAGUGCGCAAGCCUUGCUACGCCAGCUGUCCGGCAUCUCUCUAAGGAACUCAAGAUCGACAUCAUGGACAUCGACGGGACGGGCAAGGAUGGCAGAGUCCUGAAAGAAGACAUUUACAAGUUUGUCAAGGCCAGAGAUGCCCAACCAGUAUCCCCGUCCCUGGCAUCGACCUUCCCCCAGGAUCCGUCCAUCCAGACGGAAACAGUGGUGCCGCUGUCCAACACACAACUGCAAAUGUUCAAGACCAUGACGCGGUCUCUGACAAUCCCCCAUUUCCUCUAUGCCGACGAAGUCGACUUCUCGAAUCUUGUGGAGCUGCGUACCCGCAUCAACCGCGUGCUCUCCAAAAGCUCAAUGGCGGAUGGUCAGCUCUCUAAGCUGUCGUACCUACCGUUCAUUAUCAAGGCUGUUUCGCUGGCGAUAUACCAAUACCCCAUACUCAAUGCAAGGGUGGAUGUUGACACUAAGACCAAUAAGCCAUGCUUGGUGCACCGUCCCCAGCACAACGUCGGGAUCGCCAUGGACACACCCCAGGGAUUGAUGGUGCCUGUUAUUAAGAACGUCGGAGCUCUCAACAUCGUGUCGAUCGCGGCAGAGCUGGCCCGACUGCAAGGCCUCGCUGCACAGGGGAAGCUGUCACCUGCAGACUUUUCGGGUGGCACUAUCACUGUGACCAACAUUGGCAGUAUUGGUGGUACAUACGUCAGCCCGGUCAUUGUCGAGCGCGAGGUGGCUAUCUUGGGUAUCGGACGUAUGCGUACCGUGCCAGCAUUUGACGAGGCCGACCAGGUCAUCAAGAAACAGGUGUGCAACUUCAGCUGGAGUGCUGAUCACCGAGUCAUUGAUGGCGCAACCAUGGCGCGGGCCGCAGAGUUCAUCCGAACAGUAGUAGAGGAGCCAGAUGUUAUGGUGAUGCAGCUAAGAUAGACAUGAUAUGCGAUUACAUUAAGACCCAAUAAACUUAUCGAGAGUAGACA